AUGGGAAAGAGGGUCAAAGCUCGAAACAAGCCCGCUAUGGAGCCAAGGAAAGACCCAGCGAGGCCCGCUGUCAUGUCAAAUAGCACCAAAGUUACACGGACCUUGAGAAGCGAGUCCAGCGAGAGCUGUCCUACCAGACAAACCGGAGAAGCGCCUGUCAGCAACGACUCCUCUCUCCAGGGAAAAUGCCCCAAAUGUCUCUUGACCGCACAUCAGCUUGGAAUUCCAGACCACCGCAUUCAAAAAGGGGACUUCAGGCCACAUGUCAUCUUGUGUCGGGGAAUUGGCGACGAUGGCAACCCCCUGGGCAUGCAGGAGAUAUGCCUUGUCACUGACUGCACAAGGCGCAAAACCCAAACGGCGACUCCAGCUGCCUGGACGCAACACUACUGGCGAUCCCAUCAGAUCAAACUGAACGACUUCCCCGAUGUGAAGUCAUUGCGCGAAUUCCUCCAGCCCUGGCAUGCUCCUGAUUUCGAGAUGAAUGGCGACUGGGGCUUCUUCCUGACCAAGAAGCCUCCGAUCCAGGAGUUCGAGCACCUGACCAAACUUUGGCAUGCAACCUCGGACCCGGUGAAGUUCCGAGCCAAAUUCCAGCAUCAGUUGGUGCACGAUUACCGACACGCCUUUGAAAGCACCUUCCAUGCGACUCCAAUCUCAUGGCACAGUCAUGCUAGCGACGCCUGGCCUGCUCUUCCAUCUGUCGUCGCUCUUCUCGAGGACGAUGGUCCAGUUCGUUCCAAAAAAUUGACCAUGUCCCAGAUGGAAAACAGUCGAGUUGCCACCUUUGAAUCGCAAUUGCUUUCGUACCAUGGUCCCCUGGCAAAUGGAGGUAGAGGGAUCAAGUGGGCUCAGAAGUGCAUACAGCUUGGCAAGGCGGAAACGAUCAACAUGUCUGCCGCUGGAAGCAAGCAAAAACUUUUGGACAAAUUCAAGGCUCUCGUCAACAGUGGUUAUGUCGCAGUGGCGUUGGAGAUGGUGCGGCAGUGUGAUGGCAGGGUUGUCAGGGCACAAGAAUGGAACACGAUUUGCGAAUGCUGUGAAGAAGCAGGUCUCUAUCUUGUUGUGGAUGAAGUCUUGACCGCUUGGCGCUGCGGUGCCCCUUUUGCGCAUCAACUCCCAGAGUACAGCAAGCACAAGCCGUCGUUCGUGGUGUUUGGCAAAGCUGUUGGGGCCAGUGGUCUUGCUGUUCAUUGGGAUGGGGUCCAUCUCAAACGGCUGGGUUACGCCGAUCCCGGGUACGAAGUGAAAGCGACGGAUUUUGUCCAUCACUGGGACCACAAGUCUUCGAGAAUCAUCGACCCCAACGAGGCCCUUCGGUCAUGGGGCUACAUCCUACUGUCCGAGAAAGACGAGUGGUCCAAACGGGCGCUACAGAUUGGAAAAACCCUGCGGGAGAAUCUGAAAAGACUAUAUCCCGAAAUCAAGGUUGCCGGUCGUGGAGCUCUUAUCUACCUUCCCGAUAGGUAUGCCCGAAAGAUGGAUAUUGUUGGGGCAGCAGUCGAUGGAAAAUUUAUCCGCUGGCUCCCAUACCUGGACGAGGGUUUGAAUGACAGCAACAUUGUCAGCGAGUUGUUCAACGAGUCGGGAACUACUACACGACGAAUAUUGACAAGGUCAAUCAGCAACUUCAAUGCAUUGAGAUGCAUUGCUUGUGGCGAUUACCUUCACGUGCCAGGAUACGGACCGUGUACUCGGUGUGCUGGGUUCAUCUGCCAAGUAUGUGUGGAAUCUGGAGACGACGAGAGGCAUCGGGAGGGGAGGUGCUUGUUCGGCGCCAGCGAGUAAUCUCGCCCAAAAAGAUCCCCUUGCUGAAGGUUUGAUUGACUCCAGAAGAUGGAUGAGGCAUGGCUGUGAUGGAU